UAUGUACCGCAUUCUCUAAUUUACCAGUUUAGCUUAGUUUAGCUUUGUAAGCAACCAAACUUUAGACGAGAUAAUGUGAGUAUUUUGAUCAUGUGUGCCAAAAUAGUGAAAGAAGAAGACUACGAGGAGGAACUUUGUCUAACAAAAAGCGACAACGAGCGAGAAGCUCAACAGCGGGAUUUCAUCAAGUAUCAAGAUGAACUGAAAACAGCAGACAUCAGGGAACUUCAUCAAAAGGCUCCUCACAUAAAAGAAGAGCAGCAGGGAGAUAACACCAACAUCCCACUGAUUGGUCUUAUUGUGAAGAAUGAGGAAGAUAAAGACGCAAGUCAGAGGUCACCGCCUCAUUCAAAUCAAAGUGAGGAAAGCUGGGCAGAGCCUGCAGACAAUGUCUCCAGUCAGUCUAUAACCGAGGUUUACCGGGACCAAUGCGGACAAUCGAAAGCAGACGACCUCUUAGCUCCACUAUCAGAUAGUGAUGAAAUCACGUCACACGCUCCUGACACUGACAAUGUUGGGGGCCAACCUAGAGGUGAUAAAAAACGUUGUUUAUGUUCACAGUGUGGGAAAACUUUUGGCACCAAGUACAAAUUGAAAGUCCACAUGCGAACACACACUGGAGAGAAGCCUUUUACCUGUUUCGAUUGUGGGAAAAGAUUCUCUAUAAAAAACUGUUUAGUAAGGCAUGCAAAAAUGCACACUGGGGAGAGACCAUUUGCCUGCUCAUUUUGUGGUAAAAGUUUCUUUACGAAUGACAGUUUGAUAAGACACACAAGGAUACACAAUGGAGAGAAACCUUUCACCUGUUCAGUUUGUGGAAAAACAUUCUUAUUGAAGGCACAUUUAAAAUCACAUGUAAGAGUUCACACUGGGGAGAAACCCUUUGCUUGCUUACUUUGUGGGAAAACAUUCUCCAGAACAGAACAUUUAAAAUCACACACAAGAACUCAUACUGGAGAGAAACCUUUCACCUGCUUAGUUUGUGGGAAAAAAUUUGUUGAGAAAGGAGGCUUAAAAAGACACACAAGAACACAACGUUGCAAAGGCUUCUCAAUGAAUGUUCUGUAACUUGUAUUCAGGAUUGGAAGAUGUUUCUCUUAAGCUGAAGGAGCCAGAGAGUUCUUCCUUUUCACAAAGGAAGAACUGGAGAGAAAUCCCACAACGUUUCCAGUGACUAGUAUCACUGAUGAUGAUCAGCAUCAGAGGUUAUUGUUUCAUGUGAUGAAAGUAGAGCCUGCAGAUACAAGUCAGCAUUUGACAACAGCAGAAGAGGCAAACAUCUGUGGUGGAUCCCAAGCUCUCUCUCCUGAUGGUGAUAAACAUUCCUAAGGCAUCAAAACAUGUAAGACUAAAAAGAAACGUGUGGAAUGUUCCAAGUGUGCAAAAACCUUUUCUGCCAACUAUUAUUUGAAUGUACACAUGAGAACGUACACUGGUGAGAAGCCUUUUGCCUGCUAAUUCUGUGGUAAAAGAUUCUAUCACAAGGGACAUGUCAGAAGACAUACAAUAACACACAUGUGUGAGAACCCUUUUGCCUGCUCAGUUUGUAGCAAAAAGUUCUAUUGAAAAGAUCAUUUAAAAACAUGCGAGAAUGCACACGGGGUGAAAUCUGUUGCUUGCUCAGUUUUUGGUAAAGGUUUCCAUAUAAAGGACAGUUUAUUGACAUUCAUUGACGUCAUUGUGAAGAGUAAAGGGGAUGAUAAACACACACAAGAUGGAUAUAUACAUUCAA